AUGCCAAAAAUCCAUAAUAACGACGAUCUAAGCAUCUCCCUCGCCGCCCCAUUAGGCUGGACCUACGCCCCAGGCGACACCAUCAUCGGAAACAUAGUCCGCAAAACACACCUCGUCACCCCCGACGCCAGCCUAAAGCUCUCUCUCGUAGGCCACACAGCAACCAAAAUCGAAGAGCGUCACGGUAAUUCGAAUCGCGAGUACGGCGCACACUGGAACCUGUGGCCAGUGAUAAGCGACGAGUUCUUCCGCGGCCCGUUGCACAUUCCCGAGGGCGCUGGGACAGACGAGUAUCUGACGAGCUCGUUCGAAGUGACUAUCCCGACGAGACCCUCGAGUACACUGAUCAAACGGCAUUCUCAGGCACAAAGUUUCCUGUCGUUGGACGACGAUAGCGUGGCGCGGCAAACGAUACCCGGGAGUUUCGAAUGCGGUAGAUAUUCAAGUACUGCUACUGUCUCGCUAUCGUAUGGCGUGAUUAAGUACAAUCUCGAAGCCGUGCUGCGGUAUACCCGCGGCGGAGCACUCGCCUUUAGUAGGGCUACCUGCCCUGUAAGACUGCGACAUACACGCAGCGAGCCUCCGCUGCUUUUCUACGAAACUAAGCGCUGGCUCAGCCUAACACAAACGGUGCAGAGCCAACGACUCGAGCCAGGCAGGGAAGAUGCGCCCCUUUCCUUCCUCCAGAAGACGCAAAAGUUCUUCGGCUCGUCCAGCGUCCCCAAAUUCACGUAUAAACUGGAAAUCAGGACGCCCAAAACGGUGCAACUGGAUAACGCCCUCCCCAUACCUUUCACCAUGAAGGCCAUCCCACUGUUGGACCAGACAAGCGAGAGCAUACGAAGCCUCGCGAAGACCAUCCAAAUAUACAUUCACACUAUCAAACUAUCCAUCGACGCCAGAACCGACCUCCGCGCGCCAGGAACAUCCAACGUGAACAACGUGCACUACGACCAGCACAUCGAGCCCCACGCCGGAUUCUUCACCUGCAAUCCUCCAAUGGCGCUUCCAGUUGGACAAGAACGCGAGCCCGUCGAUAUAGGCAGGAAGUUUGAACUCUGGCUACGGAACGACGGUUUGCAAUGGGCAAGUCAGUCACGGACAUACCUGCGCCCGCGUGGCCACCCUGUAUACCCUGAUUUCAUGUCAUAUUUAAUUAAUCAUUGUCAUUGGGUUUCGUGGGAGAUUAUGCUUGGGGUUGUCGGGGAAAGGCAAAAGGUGACGGGGAGGGCAGAGCUGAGAGUUUUGGCAGCGGAUUGA